AUGGCCGGAGACGAUGCUCUGACGGCUGCUGGAUUCUCCGCCGAUGAGCGAGAGGCUUCGACGGAGAUCUCAGGCAAGACGUACACCAUUGCAAAAGCCGUGGAGGACCAGCUGCAUGAGGCGGUCAUGGAGCGUCUGGAGGCUCUUGUGGCAGAGCAAGAGUCUGCAUUGUGGCAGCACGGUCAGGAAGAGAUGGCACAGAUGCAGCGGGAUCACGAGAGUGUCUGGGCGAGCUUGCAAGAGCUUGCAAGCCAACAAGCUGUGCUCAGGGACGAGCAAGCUGAAAUGAGCCGUGCCAUGCUGGAGCUUUCCAGCAGGCUUGACUUUGUGACGGAAUUGAAUGAGGUCGUGCUGCCCGGCGGGGAGAGAUAUCUGCCGGCGUCGGAGCUGGUUGCUCCAACGGCUUCGAGCGACGGCCCUGGCGUGCCGGGAUCUGCCGAGAACCUUCACAGCCCCUACGACGACAUCCUCGUGGAUAGUGCUGGGCACCAGCUGCUACCCCCUUUGCUGCUGUCGUCGGUGGCCUCACCAGUCGGUCCUGACAGCACGGCGGUCAUGAACGCUGUCUGUGCAGCCGCGCAGGCAGCUGCAUCAGCAGCGGCUGCAGCCGCCGCUGUUUUGCCCGUUGCAGCUGCAGGCAGCUUUCCCCUGGCCCCGGCUGACACUGCCGAAGGUCCUCGAACACCGCCCCGACAGCGGCCAGGUAAAGUCGACCGUGAGUCCAAAAGCCCCACCGUCCUCUCUUUGGCCAGUGCAUUGACUUCGGUGCAGACCCCACCACCCAUGGAGCCUCGGAAGAGAGCUCCGUCAAGGUUAAACAUUGCUGCGCACCUGCUGGAGGCGCCAAGCAAGCCGUCUGCACUCCCUCAGCUCAGAGCCGAU